GUGCAGUUGAGGGACCUAGAGAUGGAGAAAAGGGACCCGAGAACAGUUGUGGCAGUCAUACUGGGAGGUGGAGCCGGUACUCGCCUUUUUCCUCUCACCAAACGUCGUGCCAAACCUGCUGUCCCGAUUGGAGGAGGAUACAGGCUGAUUGAUGUGCCAAUGAGCAACUGCAUUAACAGUGGGAUCAACAAAGUUUACAUUCUCACUCAGUUCAACUCUGCAUCGCUCAACAGACAUCUCGGUCGUGCAUAUAGCCUUGGUGGUGGUGUCACCUUUGGAGAUGGUUUUGUUGAGGCUCUAGCAGCUACUCAAACUCAAGGUGAGACAGGUAAAAGGUGGUUCCAAGGUACAGCAGAUGCUGUGAGGCAGUUUCAUUGGCUUUUCGAGGAUGCAAGAAGCAAAGAUAUUGAAGAUGUGCUCAUUCUAUCAGGAGAUCACUUGUAUAGAAUGGACUAUAUGGACUUCGUUCACAAUCAUCGUCAAAGUGGUGCAGAUAUCACUUUAUCCUGUUUGCCAAUGGAUGACAGGUUGGUCAUUUUUCUCAUCACUUUGGCUUCUUAAGUGCUUUCAACUUGGAAAUUAUAUUAAUUAAACUUAAUAAGAACAUCUCUAAUGGUAUAGUAUUUUGUGCUAUUUUAGCACAAUAAAAAUGCACUUCAUACAGAAUUGCUCAAGCAAUAUGUAGUAUUUAAUGUGCUAAUAUAGUAUAGGUGCUUCAACAAUAUAAUAUUUUUUUAUACUAUUUCUGUAUUCAUUUACCUAUCAACCACCUUUUUCCAAUCUCAUUUUUUUAAUA